CGCGUUUCCCGGCGUCCCCGAGGUUUCCCCGAGCAACGGCCCCGCUGCGCGCUCACGCUGCUUCCGGGGUUCCCGGGCCGGCGUUGCUCUGAGGCGGCUGCGCGCUCUGCGCCGGCUGUUCCCCGCCCAGCGGCGUGCUGGUCUCCCAGGGCCGCCUCAGCCAUGUGCUCGUUAGCGUCAGGCGCUACCGGCGCCGCGGAGGAGGAGGACCCGCCAGGCCUGUCCGACAGCGGCGACGAGGCCAGCUGGGAGGAUGAGGACGACGCGGAUCUCCCCUGCGCCGAGCAGCGGACCCCCUGCCUGUUCUGCCACAGGUUAUUUACAUCUGCUGAAGAAACAUUUUCACACUGUAAGUCGGAGCAUCAAUUUAGUAUUGAUAACAUGGUUCAUAAACAUGGACUUGAAUUUUAUGGAUACAUUAAACUGAUAAAUUUUAUUAGACUUAAGAAUCCUACAGUUGAAUAUAUGAACUCCAUAUAUAACCCAGUGCCUUGGGAGAAAGAAGAGUAUUUAAAGCCUGUACUAGAAGAUGACCUUUUACUUCAAUUUGACGUAGAAGAUCUUUAUGAGCCGGUGUCAGCCCCGUUCUCCUAUCCCAAUGGGCUCAGUGAAAAUGCAUCUCUGGUUGAGAAAUUGAAGCACAUGGAAGCCAGGGCACUAUCUGCUGAAGCUGCAUUGGCUGGAGCACGUGAGGACCUGCAAAAAAUGAAACAAUUUGCUCAGGAUUUUGUGAUGAACGCAGAUGUCAGAGCCUGCCCGUCAUCUACCACUGCCAAUGCAGACCUCCCGGAGGAUGAGGACGGUGUUUAUUUCAGCUCCUACGGGCAUUAUGGGAUACACGAAGAAAUGCUCAAGGACAAAGUACGAACCGAAAGUUACCGAGAUUUUAUAUACCAAAACCCACAUAUCUUCAAAGACAAGGUAGUUUUGGAUGUUGGUUGUGGAACUGGAAUUCUCUCUAUGUUUGCUGCUAAAGCAGGGGCAAAGAAGGUUCUUGGAGUUGAUCAGUCUGAAAUACUUUACCAGGCAAUGGAUAUCAUAAGAUUAAAUAAACUUGAAGAUACUAUUACACUAAUAAAAGGAAAAAUUGAAGAAGUUCGUCUUCCUGUAGAAAAAGUGGAUGUUAUUAUAUCUGAGUGGAUGGGCUAUUUUCUUCUCUUUGAGUCUAUGUUAGAUUCUGUCCUUUAUGCAAAGAACAAAUACUUGGCAAAAGGAGGAUCGGUCUACCCUGAUAGUUGCACUAUCAGCCUUGUGGCGGUAAGUGAUAUGAAUAAGCAUGCUGAUAGAAUUGCUUUUUGGGAUGACGUUUAUGGCUUCAACAUGUCCUGCAUGAAGAAAGCAGUCAUUCCGGAGGCUGUGGUGGAUGUUUUAGAUCCAAAGACACUUAUUUCAGACGCCUGUAGUGUUAAGCAUAUAGAUUGUCAUACGACGUCUGUCUCAGAUUUGGAAUUUUCUUCAGAUUUUACUCUAAAAAUCACAGAGACAUCAUUGUGCACGGCAAUUGCUGGCUACUUUGAUAUAUAUUUUGAGAAGAAUUGCCACAACAAGGUUGUGUUUUCUACGGGCCCACUGAGCACCAAAACACACUGGAGACAAACAAUAUUUCUACUGGAAAAGCCAUUUUCAGUUAAAGCAGGUGAAGCCUUGAAGGGAAAGAUCACAGUGCACAAGAAUAAGAAAGAUCCACGUUCUCUCAUUGUGACCCUCACAUUGAACAAUACAACUCAAACUUACGGUCUCCAGUAAAAAGGCUGCAAAAGUGCCAACUAAUUUGCAGCUUUUAUGGUUGGGGAGGGGUGGGCAGUGGUGGAGGAAGCUUAUGUGAACACAUGGAUGUUGAAUCUUUGAAUCUGAUAAUUCAGCUACGGAGGGAAUGAUCCUCGUGAUCCACCUCUGUAAUCACACUUUUGAAAGUCUGGUCAAUGAGAUUUAACAAAAUGUAAUCCCUGUGUUGGGUUCAGCUGUACUGAAAGUCGUUCAAAUUGGCCUAAAUUUGGAACAGAGUAUAAUGUUUUGUUGUUUUUAAUAAUUUCUUACUAUAAAUUUUAACCACUAGUAAUUGAUUGUUACUUGGAUAAUGUUUUAUGAAGCUAGUAACUGUGCACAAGGUAUUAUGCAUUUUGUUGAAAAUUUCCUUUCUGAGAAAUAGUUUUAAUUGUAUCUGCUAGAAUAUCAGGGUAUUAUAGAGCAAGUGCAAGGGGCUAAAUGUGGAAGAGACCAUAUAAACUAUAUUUGAAGACAGCUUAGUUGAUUAUUGUAUAAUUCUGUUGUCAUUUUUUAGCUUCUUCUCUCUUUGCAAAUAUUCUUCAGUCAUAUAGUUUUCUACUACUGCCCAGGACAUCUAGUUUCAAUACAUUUGCCCUAGAUUUCAAAAAAAUUUUUAAAGAUUGGGAUAAAUAUGUAUUUAUUUACUAAUACUUUUUUCAAACAAUUUAUGUACAAAGUUAAACAUGUAACUGUUAAUAUACUUUUAUCAUUCUAUGCAGUUGUGUCAUUUACAAUUAUUGACCCAGUGUGAAAUGCAGAAAACAUUCAAAUAAACGUAUACAACAACCAUUA